AUGCAGUUCACCACAAUCAACCUUCUCCUCUGUGCCGCUCUCACUGUCUCGGCCGCCCCAGGCCCAGAUCUCCUCUCCAAGCGUACCUGUGGUACCUUGACUGGCACCGAGCUCAAGGUCUGCCAGGACGCCUGCAAAGUCACUUGCGAUGCUGUAACCGGUCUUAUCGCAAAAAAGCUCUGCAAGUCUGCUUGUGAUGCCCCUCCACUUGCUCGUCGCGAAGCCGAGGCCAUCGAGGAGCGCAGCGUUGGAAAGGAGGUUUGCGAUGCUGCUUGUGAUGUUACCUGCAACUCUACUGUCCUCGCCCUUGACCAGCUGGAAUGCGUCAAGGUCUGCGUAAGUCAUAUUUACAUAUGCGGGAAGCGAAGUACGUACUAA